AUGGUGCUCGCUCAGCAUGUGAUGGACUGUCUCACCUCCGUCUCGACCAAGAGAGCAAAGGCCUCGAAAUCUGCGUGUGCUCAACUCGCUUUGCAGAUUCUGCUUGUCGCGGUCGGACUUCGCAGAGCAGCACUCGUGGACGCGCUGAGCUUGAGCGUCAAGCAAGCAUCGGCAAUCAGCAAGAAGCUAGCGGGCCUCAGCAGGUCGACAAGAAGCGAACACCUUGUCGGAGUGCGGUUGCUUUUGCAUGCUCCAACAUCUCAAACUUUCAUCGUCAGCACGCAACAGAAUCUGUGGUCUGAUGUCAGGAGCUUGACACACGAAGCUGACUCGCCUCCGAUUGCUGGUUCGGGGCUGUGGAUUGACGCCCGCUCUACAGCACAGCACGGCUCACCGACGAUCUCCUCGCCUGACCCACAUGUCUGCAGUCUCAUAAGUGCGGUCCAUCAAGCCAUUUUCUCCGACGACACUGCCGAUGUGCUUGUCAUCUUUCCUCAAGAAGUCACUGCCGCUCCCUCGCAUUGCCCGAACGAAGCUCUGCUAGUUGGCGUAGCGCUAGCGGGCUUCCUGUUGGAGUACGGCGCAGUCUACUGUAUCCACGAACCGUCGCACGACGCACUUUGUUACGACGUGCGGCCUCUCCGAUCUGCAGAGCAAUCCCUCCCAGAGGCUGAGUUCGCGGCUUCUCCGAUCAACUGUCUCGGCUCGCAGCCACUCGUCUUGUUCAGGGUCCUCUUGUGGAUCGAUAGCUCGGAACAGAGCUUCGAGCUACUGGCAUUUUCGGUGCCGCAGUGCUUGUGCUCUGACGACGCCAUUGAACGCCAACGCAUGUCCCUUGGCGACACCUUUCAGGCUCGGAUCGAUAGUCUCUCCAUCGGCGCUAUCUUCGCGAAUGGUCGCAUCACUGUAAACGUAGCCGCAGUCAUCUUGCCACAAGUAGCGCUGUAA